UCUGCCAUAAUCUUUCUAAGAUUUCCUAGGAAACAAGAUAAAGUUGUAUGAGAUAUUAUCAGGCUAUCAGCAUUUCAUCCAUUUGCAACACCUUUCCUACUUGGAAGAAGUUCCUCUUGUUUUUCGUAUAUGCUCCUCGUAAUUUUGGCUUAAUGAUUUGGCUGCUCCUAUUUGCUUUUUAGAUGCUCAAGCGGUAUUCAAUGAGAUGAAGCGACUAGGAAUAACCCCUACAAUGAAAUCACACAUGCUACUUCUCUGUGCCUACUCAAGAGCAAGAAAUGUGGAUAAAUGCGAGGAAAUUGUUAACCAGAUGAGCGAAUCUGGGCUUGAACCAGACACGUUUGUCCUCAACAGCAUGAUGCACUUGUAUGGCCGGCUUGGCCAAUUUGGAAAGAUGGAGGAAGUUCUGACUGCAAUGGAAAAGGGACCUUAUGGAGCUGAUAUCAGUACAUACAACAUCUUAAUCAACAUAUAUGGACGAGCAGGAUUUUUCGAGAGAAUGGAAGGUAUUUUCCAAUCACUUCCAACCAAAAAUCUGAAACCUGAUGUUGUGACUUGGACUUCAAGAUUGGGAGCCUACUCUAGAAAGAAACUAUACGCAAGAUGCUUGGAAAUCUUUGAAGAAAUGAUUGAUGCUGGAUGUCACCCUGAUGGAGGAACUGCCAAAGUACUUCUAUCAGCAUGCUCAAGCGAAGAUCAAAUUGAACAGGUUACCACUGUAAUCAGAACAAUGCAUAAGGGCAUGGAGGCUGCUCUUCCUGCAUGAUUAAUGUUCCUUGAUCAGGUCCAUAAAACUCAAAAGAAAAGGAUGGAAUACUAUUAUAGGAAAU